UACACAGGGACUCACUGAACAUUGAAUCAAAUGCUUGAUAGAAGACAACGGAGAAACGCCUCCAUCAUCGGUGCUUUGGUGGUCCUUGGAGCAGGUGCGUACGCUCUGUACAGCUACUUAACCAGUGAAGGAGACGGAGAUGUGGAGGUUGUGAAUGACAAUGACAGCAGAAGGAAGUAUACGCAGAGGCCAAUCACGAUAAUACUCACGGAAUCGAUACUGUCGUCCAACCUACCGCUGAAUGAGAUCUUGAAGAAGACCUCCGAUGUCGUGCUCGUGGUUCCCCCGGACUUAUCAGUGGACGAGGAUCUACAGGAUGAGUUUGAGCCGGACGUGGAGUAUAAAGUGAUUGAAUGUGAGACGUACGAGGGAGUGUGGUCUGUUGUUAAGCACCUGAACGGAGAGAUCAUCUUUGUUGUUAAGGACGACCUGCCGAGUGAACUGCCAGACGGACUAGAGAGAUACGUUGGCGAGAUUGUGGAGCUUGACCAGAACUCUUCAGAGAUUAACGAAUCCAUACUGUCGUGCAUUGUCAACGAGUAAGCCGUCCUACUGUGUUAUGUUUCUAUGCUUUCCGAACACAACGCCCUCUGAGGUUUGUGAGGCACCUUUCAUGUAACCGUACUCCAGUGAGCUCCAUGCCGGGCCUUUGGAGAGAUGAGAAGGUUUCUUCGGGACCUUUGGAGGUGGCUGUCUUGUGCUCAACUUUGGGCCAAUCACAGGGAUUGAUGGUGACUUCUCGUGCACAUAUCUGGAUAGCGAAACUAUGGUUUGUAAUACACUUGCAAUAUCGCCUUCCUCGUACAGGUCCACUGUCUGGAACGUCUCGUCCUCUGGUAUGCCGUACGACUUC